AUCUGAAACUCAAGCCAGCCUCCAUCCAAAAAUGUCUCUCUUCACCCCGUGGCUUCCUUUUUUUCUAAUGAUUCUUUCUCUUCUACCUCUUUUGCUUGUCUUACAAAAGAAAAAAUCCCCUAAGCUUCCUCCAGGUCCUCCCCAGCUUCCUAUCAUUGGAAACCUCCACCAGCUCGGCAACUUGUCUCAUCGCUCUUUUUGGCAAUUCUCCGAAAAAUACGGCCCACUCGUGUAUCUAAAACUAGGUAGCCUACCCACCUUAGUUAUUUCCUCGUCCAAACUCGCCAGUGACGUGAUGAAAUCUCAAGAUCUCGACUUCUGCAAUAGGCCUCACUUUGUUUCCUACAAGAAGCUCUCUUACAAUUGCUUAGACAUAGUUUUCACGCCCUACGGGGAGUAUUACAGAAACAUGAGGAAAAUCUUCAAUAAUGAACUCCUUAGCGUCAAGAGGAUCCAGUCGUUCGAAUUCAUCAGGGAUGAUGAGGUUGCGCGGAUGAUGGCAUCCAUAUCCCGUUCUGCUUCAUCUUCGACACCCAUAAAUCUAACUGAUCUAAUGUUUGCUCUCACGAGCACCAUCAUCUGCAGGUCUGCUUUCGGUAAGAGUUACCGGGAAGGAGAUCAGAAGACCAACUUCCAUGGUGUUUUUGAGGAGGCACAGAACUUGUUCGCAGCUUUCUUCUACACCGACUACAUCCCGUGGUUAGGGUGGAUCGACGUGCUCACUGGACAGCAGGCCCGGUUGGAGAAGAGUUUCCGGGAAAUGGACGUGUUCUAUGAGCAAGUAAUCGACGAGCACCUCGACCCCAAGAGGGUAAAAGAGGAGCAAGAGGACCUUGUGGAUGUCUUGAUACGAGUCCAAAAGGAUCUCCAUCUCACCAGGGACCAUAUCAAGGCGCUGCUCAUGAAUAUUUUUAUAGCUGGAACAGACACAGGUGCUGCAACGGUGGUCUGGUCCAUGACGGAGCUCGUAAAGAAACCAAGAGUGAUGAAGAAAGUACAGGAUGAAAUUAGAAGGAUUAUAGGAAACAAAGGUAAAGUAGAAGAAGAUGACUUACGCCAACUUGAAUAUUUUAAGUUAGUGGUGAAGGAGACUUUCAGAAUGCACCCUGCCGCCCCUACACUCGUUCCACGAGAAACUACUCGGCAAUGUAUGCUUGAUGGAUAUGACAUCGCCCCGAAAACAUUGGUAUUUGUCAAUGCAUUAGCUAUUGGGCAGGAACCUGAAUCAUGGAAAAAUCCAGGAGAGUUCUGGCCAGAGAGAUUCAUAGAUAGCCCCAUUGAUUACAAAGGACAAGACUUCCAAUACAUUCCGUUCGGGGCAGGGCGGAGGAUUUGCCCAGGGAUGCAUUUUGGAGUUGUCACUGUGGAAAUUGCCUUGGCAAAUCUUCUCUAUUCUUUUAAUUGGGAACUGCCUUCUGGCAUGAACAAGGAGGAUAUCGACAUGAGUGAAGUACCUGGUAUCACCGUGCAUAAAAAAUCUCCUCUCCUCCUCGUGCCUAUCAAUUACAUCAAUUCAAUGAAUGGGAAAACAAACUAAUAGAGGAUUUCUUCAUCUGAUAUCUAGUCAUCUAUAUCCUACAAUAAUAUGUGGAUUGGUUUGUUUGA